AUGCUUUGCCAGCGAAUGCUUUUUAAAUCGAUUGCCAGACGGUGCUACACUGCUGGACUACCUAAACGGGGCAGAUUGAGUUCGCCAGAAAGUGACGCCAGAAUACUCAAGACGUUUUUCAGUAAGGAUUCAACCACAAUAACAUUUAUCACGAGCGAUACUCCCAAUCAUGAACCAUUCACAGUGACGUUCAACAAUCUUUUCCUGAGGGACUCGUGCAAGUCCGGGCGUUCAGUUGAUCCUGCUUCGGGGCAGAAACUCUUCACGACGGGCCAAUUGGUGCUAAAUCCAGCCUCGACAGUGCCGGAAAUGGUCAGGAUCACGCCAGAUUCCAAAAACGUGGAAAUCAGCUGGAAGGACGGUGAUUCGUACAAGUACUCAUUGGAUUUCUUCUACGAGUUCAAGGGGUCAACUUUUGUGACAAACUCGUUGAGAAAGUCGUCAUCGAAGCAUCGGCCUGUGCUGUGGGAUGAAGACACGUUGAAGAAGAACAUGGGCGAGUUGGUGUCUACCAGUUUUGCAGAGUUUCUGAGCGACGAAAAAAUCUUGUACCAGGCCUUGGUCAAUUUGCAAAGGUACGGCUUGACGUUCGUUAGCAAUAUCGAUAAGGGAGAUCAUGAUGCCGUUAAGAAGAUCUGCGAGAGAAUAGGUCCUAUCAGAAGCACAUUUUAUGGGGAAACGUUUGAUGUGAAAAAUUCAACUCACACCACUUCAAAUAUUGCUUACUCCAAUCUGGCGCUGCCAUUUCAUCAGGACCUGUUGUAUUUGGAGAACGUACCGGGGUUUCAAUUGCUGCACUCGAUUCACAAUCCCUAUGAGGAGGGAGAUGCAGGGACGAGUCUUUUUGUCGAUGCAUUCCAUGCAGCUCGAUUUGUUCGUGAACAGGAUGCGGAAGGAUACGAGGCAAUGCAACAUGUACCUGUCAAUUAUCAUUAUAUGAAGGAUGGGUAUAGGUUUUAUCAGUCCAGGCCAAUGGUUGAGCAUUACGACAUUAACGAAUCGAAUACUAUGAUGAGUAACUAUGAGUCUUUGAUAAAAAAUGUGAUGUACUCCCCGCCUUUCCAAAGUGAGUUUACAACAGGUAUUUAUGAAAAAUCUCCAGAGACUCAAACCUCACCCGGUAAAUUAACUGAGAGAUUUCUAUUUAGAGACUUCACCCAUGCCUUGGGCAUCUUUGAUAGUCACAUCAACCAACCAGAAAAUCAAUUCAAGCUGAAAUUGCCAGAGAAUACAUGUGUCAUUUUCAACAACAGAAGAAUUCUCCACGCUAGAACUGCUUUUACGGGGUCUUCAAGGUGGUUCAGAGGGUGUUAUUUGGAUAGGGACUCUUUCAAGAGUAAGCUGAAAUUUCUAGAAGAAAAAUACUAA